GCAGCGGCGGCGCAAGAUGGCGGCGGCCGAGCGGGAGGCCUGCGAGGAGGCGGCCGAAGAGGCCGAGGAGCAGCGGGCGGGCCCCGGAUCCGCCCCGGCCCCGGCCCCGGUCGGCUUGACGGAGCUGCCCGGCGAGCUGCUGGAGCUCAUCCUGUGCUGCGGCUCGCUGGACGCCUCCGACCUGGGCCGCCUGUCCUGCACCUGCCGCCACCUGAGGGAGGCCUGCCAGCCCCGCGGGAAGGUCUGGCGGGAGCAGCUGCGGCGCAGGUGGCCUUCUUUAAUGAAAUACUACAAUCAGGCAGACAGUGUGAACUGGCUGGAGCAAUAUAAAGAAAGACAUAAAGCGGGAUUGAAAGCUCAAACGGUCGUCGCCUCGUUUUCCAAAAGGUUUUUUUCAGAGCACGUGCCCUGCGAUGGCUUCACUGAUAUCGAGACCCUCGAUUGCCCCAGCCACUUCUUUGAAGAUGAGCUGAUGUCCAUUCUUAAUACAGGAGGCAGGAAAGGCCUGACCUGGAAAUACUAUGCAAAGAAAAUUCUUUACUUCCUGCGGCAACAAAACAUUUUAAAGAAACUGAAGACUUACCUCGAGUACUCAGCAGAUGAGCAAUCCUUUUUAGAAGGGGCCGUGCUGGUUGACCAAUACUGUAACCCUUUGUCAGACAUCUCCCUCAAGAGUAUCCAAGCUCAGAUUGAUGACAUUGCUGCUCAAGUCUGUACAUUUCUCAAAUCCAAAAGCCCCAGACAUCCCACAGUGGACCGAAAAGCAGGUGAGGCCUUGAUCAUCUCUCAGGUGGAGCUGCAGAGGCAGGUUCUCGAUGCCAUGAACUGCGUCCUCUAUGAGCAGUUGAAGUACCGAGGGAACGAGGUGGAUUAUUACAAUUGUCAGAAUUCAUACAUCCAUCAGGUUUUGAUUCGCAGGACGGGAAUCCCAAUCAGCUUGUCGGUGCUGUAUUUGACGAUUGCCAAACAGUUGGGCGUCCAGCUGGAGGCGGUCAAUUUCCCCAGUCACUUUCUGCUCAGGUGGUGCCAGGGCAAAGAAGGGAGCACAAAUAUAUUCGACUACACCUACAUCGAUGCUUUUGGGAAGGGGCGCCAGCUGACGGUCAAAGAAUGUGAAUACUUGAUUGGGCACCACGUGACGGAGGAAUUUUAUGGCGUGGCAACUGCCAAAGAGGUUCUGCAGCGAAUGGUGGGCAACCUGCUAAAUAUUGGAAAGAGGGAAAGCACUGACCAGUCAUACCCACUCCUGAGAGACUCUUUGGACUUGUAUUUGGCCAUGUAUCCGGACAAUGUCCAGCAUCUAAUGCUCCAAGCGAGACUCUAUUUUCACCUCGGGAUCUGGCCAGAAAAGGUUCUGGACAUCUUGCAGCACAUCCAGGCCUUGGACCCCUCCCAGCAAGGAGCCGUGGGCUACCUAGUCCAGCACACCCUGGAACACAUCGAGCGUCGGAAAGAUGAGGCUGGCCCGGAGGUGAAGCUUCAUUCCGACGAGAAACACAAGGACGUCGUCUUUUCCAUCGGCCUGGUGAUGAAGCACAAAAGAUAUGGCUACAACUGCGUGAUCUACGGUUGGGACCCAGCGUGCAUGAUGGGACAUGAAUGGAUCCGAAACAUGAAUGUCCACAGCCUGCCCCAUGGGCCUCACCAGCCUUUCUACAAUGUUUUAGUGGAAGAUGGCUCGUGCAGAUAUGCCGCCCAAGAGAAUCUGGAACUCAACCCAGAACCUCACGAGAUCCCUCACCCAGACAUUGGUCGCUACUUUGAGGAGUUUGCCGACACGUACUACGUGGCCAACCCAGAGCUGGCAAUCCGAUACCCUGAGGAUAUGGCGCUCACGCGUUUAGCUGGCCAGAAAACGGAAGAGAGCUGCGAAUGAGACUUAUUUUAUUUAUUUAUUUUCCCCCCCUUUCCAUCCUCUUCCUCUUUGCAAGGACAGAAGAAACUUUGUACAGUGGUGGUGGUGGUGGGGAAUUUCAUCACGGGGAGGAACUGCUGGUCUGAGGAACUGCACUUUGCUGGCUAGUAGUGAAACUUCGUGUUACGUAACCCCUCGAUUGCGUUGUGCUGACACUUGUCAAAACCGUGUGGGUGGAGCAAAGUUUAGAAACCUCCUCCUCCCUCAAAUGAAGAACUUCUGAGACUUAAAAAAAAGUUCUCAUUCUGGAAAAGUCGAGUGACCUGCAAAUGGAAGGCAGUGAAUAAUUUCCAGGUAGAAUUUUCUGGAACUAACCCAACAUCUGUCUCAGUGCAACUUCAGCCAACAGCGAGGUGCCAAAACCUUAAGGAAGGACGUCGAUGCUUCCUUACUCAAAAGGUCUCCUAGAAACCCCAUCAGGAUUUCUCUCCACUGCUUCAGGCCAACGACUCGAAUUUAAAAAAAUAAAACCUGCCCUGGGUGGAUGUCGUUUUCCUGCAGGUUUCUCGGACUCGCAUUCCAUCCCACAAGACACCGGGCCACAUGGGUGAUGAAUCCGGAGGUGAGCAUUAUUCACCUUUUUUGUUCUGCUUGUUCGCUCAUUGCUCACUCCAUUAAAAAAGAAAGAAAAAGUAUAAAAGAAGCACCACUCUGGGAGGCAAAGAAAGCACCGAAGGAUGUGGCCAUCAAUUGUCUAAACUGUCCUUUUCUCAGGGAAAAGAUCUGGGAAGCUGGUUGAUUUGCAAAAGCUGUCUGGCAGAAAGAACUGAUCACGCUUUCAUCAGUUGUUGUAAAUAAUAUAUUUCAAGGCUGUGGAACGUGUAAUUUCUGAAUUGGGGUGUCUGGGCAGAGCGCUGCUGACAUUGGCUGGAGGAGGCAAGCUUUUAAUUAUCGCAUUGUCAAGGAUAAAAUGAUAAGCUUCUCCGGUC